UGUGGAAACGGCGAGUCUGAUGACGUCGUUUCUCAAGUAACAAUAGCUUGAAUCUAUGAUCUUACCGUCGAGUACAUUCUGAGCAUUACAUUUUUUUACAACAUCAGUAUCAGCAUCAUAUACGAUAGAGGAGGCCGUCAUCCCGUUUGUCUUCCGAUUACGUUAUCGUUUAUUAUUUUUUUCCCAAAAGUAUUCAGUCACUGACUACUCAUUUAAGAAUCAACGUUCUGACGAUAACCGUUUACUAUCAAUAUUUUUAAUCAUUCGGGACUCAUUUUGAUCAUGACCGAUACACGAGUUUCUGAUAUUCAUAUUCCAUAACGCUCACCAUCAUCAUCCCAGUACCUCAUCUAUCCGCAUCCUUGUCAGUGUCGUCAUAGCAACAGGAUGGUAAUAGAAACGAUUGACUCUCGUGCGUCCGAUUAGAUCUUCUCAAUGGUAUGACAAAAUGUUAGUAAAAUAAUUUUACUAACAUUUUUUGUGCUGUUUUUACUACCAUCAUAAAGAAUUUUCUUUAACAAUCUCUUGCUAAGAACACCUUUAGAUCACGUCAUCAUACUGGUCUACUGGUUUAGAGAGGAUGAGACAAGGAAGUUCAAUGCACCAACUUAUUAGAGCUAGUACACAAAGGGUGCAAUACAAGUUCUGAAUCCUGCCAUUGGUAGUAUGAUAAGACUUCAUGGACCAGCUAUUUUGAAGUUAAAACAUCUAUUCAACAUUAAUUAGACAUUACUUCUUAAGUAGCGCGUUUUAUCGCAUGAAAUAAGAAUUACUAUGUCAGUCGGAAAGUCAGAGUCCCUACUGCGUCGAGAUGCUCGGGCAUUCUGUAACAAAAGUAAUCAGCGAACAAUCUGGGAAGCCCGACGUGACGAACGUCGUACGAACCAACAACUCGAACGAGAAUUGCGUCACAUUGAACGAUCGAAGUCUUAUCGAGAGCGUGAAUUAGAUCGCGACCAGGUCAAGUUUUUGAAUAAUUUCGUGGAGAUCUUCCAGAGGCAAUGCGACAUCGUCGCGCAGAGGAAGUCACAUCCGGUUGACGUCGAAACGAUUCACCGAGACGAGCAUGAAGAUGAACCCAGUCAAUACGAUACCUAUGAUGAGUAUCUGGAUGGUGGACCGGAUACCAUGACAAUCACUACGUCAGAUCAAGCAACGACAGAAGCAGCUACAUCUGGUGUCCAGGACAAAUCAGAGGAGAACCCUGAGAUACUACUGGUGGCAGAGAUGAAUCGACGAAAGCUACGGCUUCACAGGGAUUCUCUUCUCCCCAUAAUAUAUUCUCCAUGUCCGUCCGAAGACUCGACACCCAAGUAUUCUAGUCGUCCAAAUUCGCCUCGGCCCCUGGUGAUAAGUCCAUCUGAAGCCCACUUUAGUAUGUCCGACCAGGAUUCAGAAGCUAAAAAGUCAGAAGAAAAGAUCAUUUCUGAGAGAACGAGUCCUGAUCAUGAUUCUCCACGAAGUGCAGCCAAUCGGAGUCCUCCUCGAGAUAUCAAAGUUAACGUAUCUGCACCAGUAUACCGCAGAAGACUUAGUCCUCUAAAUCGGUUUAAGAUCCCAGAAUCUCACUUCCGAGCGGAGAGUCCGUCUAGCAAAAACUCUACAAUCUUCGUCAACGAUGUCCCAGAUUUGGGUGGUUCAGUCCGGGGUGAUCGAAUCCAUCGGCGCGGUAGAAAGCCUCUCCCUCCUACAUACAAAUCCAAACUGAGGUCGUCCAAAAUGGGGCACAGGAGUCUGCUGGAUUCACAGAAGAAGCGCCGUGGUUCAACAGCGGAAGGAAACGAUGGGGCACCAAUGGAUGAGAUGGCUCUUAAUACCAAGUUCAUGUUAGAAUUCGAGGAGGCAAGUAGAAAUGCUUUGGAUCCUUACGCCAGUGGGGUGGACAUCGAGUCAAUCAGAAAGCAGUUCUUGGUAAAUACGUUGGCCAAGAAGCUUAAGAUCAGUGCUCUCCGCAGCGGACAUUUUGCAGAGCUGGAUGAUAUCCGCAAGAAGAUUGAGCGCCGAAGAAAAUGCGUGGAAGAGAUUUUGGAAGCCAAGAGGAAGGCGAGGAUGAUAGCCAAAGCGAAAGAGAUGAAGGAAAACGGGGAAGAUGACACGGAGACGAAUCAGGAGCAGAACGCGGAAUAGACAGAGUUUGAAUUAGUAUAUCAUAGAAUAGUUGCAGGCAUUGGUGGUCAUGUAAUAUAUAUAUAUAUAUAUAUAUGCUGCACCCAUUGCAGCUAUUACAUACCUGGCCGAAGCAUAUUCACGCUAUGAUGUAUGUUAUAUAUGUGCAGAGCAAUAGAGAAACCGUCGGUAGAGGACGAAUAUAUAUAUAUACUUGUAUAUAUACAUUUGUAUACGUGGUUGGGUGUGUGUGUGUGUGUGUGUGAGAGUGUGUUUGUUUGGUCGAAUUCAUUUGAAAAUAAACUGCAGGACUUGUUGCAUUUGAAGACUCAGAUUAUCAGCACAAUCAUGCCCGUGGCUUUGAUACAAGAAAGUUUUUUUUCUGAUAAGUUGAUGAACUGCAGAGACCUGAGCAUUCAUUAACACUUUUCUGACAAGAUCUGUCAACUUUCCUUGAUUUUGAUUGGCUGAGAACCAAUUUAUGGCCGAUCUUGGGAUACAAAUACAUGUCGAAAAAACGUUCGGUAGAUUCCUUCACAAGCGCCCCCCCCCCCUCCCCCCCCCCGAAGUCAUGAGAUUUUGAAAAAAAGUUGCAUCUCCAAAUUUGCAUGUUGAAGUCCGCCGCAAAUAUUUGCCCGAUCUUUUUCUUUUUUUUCUUCUUCUAAAGUUGUUAAAUACUUCUAAAAUCUGAAUAAGCAAAGUCCGAAUAGCGGUGAAUAUUAAAAUCCAUGUUCCAGGCAUAAAGUUAAAUACCCCCGAAUUUCAUGCCUCCCUGUCGGAACAAAAACGAAUUCACUAUCAAUUAAUCUUGUCAUCUUCUACUCCUCGAAACCGCUAAACCAACCAAGAGGCUUGCAGAACAACGAAAUUCUCAUUAUCGUAUUCCCAUCAAUAUUCCUAUCUUCAAAUAUUUUUAUUUUGCAUUGUAGCUUUUAUAAUAUCAAAUGUGAUUAGUUCAAAUUUGGGUCGCAAGUAUAAUUUCAUAUAGUGUUUUGCGAUGUGCUUAUAAGAUUAGAUGUUAUUAAGCUCUCAUUUUAUAGACUUUUUGAUGUAACUCUAUUUACCUCUUUUAUCGAUACCGGUUAAAGAAAAUUAAAUACGAAAUAAAAUAUGCAUAAUGAUUAAGUUCUUAUAAUAGUGUUUAAAAUGAUAAACAAAUGAUAAAUUGUUACCGUGCCAGUGUAGAUAUUCCCGUAUGACACGAAUUUCGGUGUCAUGUAAACUGAAAUUAUGAUAUCCUGAAAUCGCUGUUUGAAUAUUUUUGAAUAUUUGUAUUUUUGUAAAUUGCAAUUUUUUAGACGACAAACUCGUCAUCUCUCCAUAAUGUUGGUAUAUCUAAUGUCUGAAUGAUGAUAUUAUAACGCAUUCCUAAGUUAUAUUACAAAAAAGAUGUAAUUGAUACUUUCAUAUUCAAAUGAAUGAAACGUAGUAUCAGACCAAUCAAAACAAAACAUUUAUUCUUAUAGAAUAGGUCUACAUGCAGUAUACUUUAUAUCAAAAUUGUUCAGCUUCAUUUUAGCCAAUAUUAUUUCUGUGCUAUGGAGAUUAGGAUCCCCCAUAUUUCAGAGAUAAAUCUUGCUAGACCAUUAGGACAACUCAAAACAAAAACAAUGAUACUUGUUUAUUCUUAUCUUAACAAAAAAAUUAAUAAUAAUAUGGCUGAUCUUUUCACGUAAUAUGUUAUAAGUCAUGUACAUGUCACUUUCAUCAAUGACUAACUACUGAACUGUCAAAGAAAAGGAUGGUCACUACAUUUUAGGCAGGAUACAACUAAUGAUAAUACAGCCAUUAGAAAACAAAUUUGAACGGGCACAGUGGAUGCAUACAUCCCCUAUGCCUUAGGAUGUAUGCCUCUAUGUGGUCAUUUGUUUGAUAUGUGUAAUUCUAUUUCAACACAUUAUGUUCCAAGAUAGGAUCAUAUCUGAUUACAAAAUCAUCAUAAACGAAUUAGGUCUAUUCAAUUUACUGAAAUUAUUGAAAAAUCGAUUGAGUUAAUAAAAUAUUAUCAUAUUAAAUUGUUAAAGCUUUUCAAAACGGGAGAAAAAAACCCUGCCAUAUCAUGUUAUAUACGUUAUGAAAAUCUGAAAUUUCUGAUGUCACUUAUUAAAGAUGCAUUAUAUACUCUAACGGUGUUUCGAUUACUAUUGCGCCAUUUAUUGAUUUUUAUUUUCAUAGCUUACAUGUUUCUUUACUUCUGUUCAUUCUUUUUUUUUCAUUAGGUCUUGAUAAAGGCUUGGUCCCACUGCACUUACGGAUGCAGAGAGGAUGUAAAGCGGAAUAGAAUCUUGCCAUCCGUUAGAAAACGUUAUGUAUCCGUUGUAUACUCUUUGCAUACGUGUUUCAUACGCUCUAUAUCCAUCGAGUUUAACAUUUAACAUUGCUUAUAUUUUCCGCAUUGUUUUUUUUUUUUUGGGGGGGGGAGGGGAGUUGUUUGUUUUAACAGUGUGCAGGUAUUUGUAGCGUGUAUUUAUCACUUGUCAACUAUGCAAUAGAUGCACGAUGAAUAAAUCUUCUUGAAAAUAGUAAA